AUGGGAAACUGUCUUUCCUCAACGGAUCAGAAGGAGGCCAGGGACCGGAGUGUGGCCAUCGACAAGCAGAUCGAAGAGGACAGCCGCAAAUUUAAAAAGGAAUGCAAGAUCCUCCUCCUCGGCUCGGGAGAGUCGGGCAAGUCGACCAUCGUCAAGCAGAUGAAGAUCAUCCAUCAGAAUGGCUAUUCCAAGGACGAGCUGCUCCUCUAUCGACUCACCGUGAUAAAAAACCUGGUCGACUCGGCACAAGCCAUCGUGCUUGCUCUACGCAAGUUCAAGAUGGAGCCCGAAAUGCCCGAGAACCGCGAGAACGUCGAUGCUAUCUUGCAAUACCGAGUCGAUGCUGACCCGGGCGCGACGCUGGAUCACGCCAUGGCGAGGAAAGUUGACUCGCUGUGGAAGGAUCCUAUCAUCCCCGCUAUAAUGGAGCGCAGCAGCGAGUUCUACCUUAUGGACAGUGCCGCCUACUUUUUCGACCAUGUCAACCGCAUAGGCCAGUCCGACUACGUCCCCAACGAAAACGACGUGCUCCGCGCACGUUCUAAAACCACCGGCAUCAGCGAGACACGCUUCAACAUGGGCCAGUUGUCAAUACACCUGUUCGACGUGGGAGGACAACGGUCCGAACGUAAGAAAUGGAUCCACUGCUUCGAAGCGGUCACGUCAAUCAUCUUUUGCGUUGCCUUAAGCGAGUACGACCAGGUGCUGUUGGAAGAGAGCGGCCAAAAUCGCAUGGCCGAGUCUCUGGUCUUGUUUGAGUCGGUAGUCAACAGUCGAUGGUUCUUGCGCACCUCAGUGAUCCUCUUUCUCAACAAGAUUGAUAUUUUCAAGCAAAAGAUCCCGAAGCAGCCAUUAUCCAAGUACUUCCCAGAGUACAGCGGCGGACCGGAUAUCAACAAGGCGGCCAAAUACAUCCUGUGGCGGUUCACACAGACCAACCGAGCGCGGCUGAGCAUCUACCCACAUCUCACGCAAGCAACGGAUACGAGCAACAUCCGGCUUGUAUUUGCAGCCGUCAAGGAGACCAUUCUCACCAAUGCGCUUAAGGACAGCGGUAUUUUGUGA